AUGCCAGGAACCGGACCAAGAGCCAAGUAUUGGAGCUUCACUCUAAACAACUACACCCCAGCGGAUAUAGACCGCCUGUCAUCAGCCACCUCUACUGCAGAAAUCGAUUACCUAAUUUUCGGUCGGGAAGUCGGUGCAUCGGGUACACCACAUCUUCAAGGUACUGUUUGCUUCCAAUCCCGGAAGAGGCUCCAACAGGUAACAACCCUGAUUGGAAGAGCCCAUUGUUCCGUUACAAGACAUCUCUCGCAAAGCAUCGAGUACUGCAAGAAAGACGGAGAUUUUUCAGAACUAGGAAACAUCCCAACCGAGACGUCGUCUGGUCGAAAAAAAGGAAAUUCAGACCUUGAGGAAUUCAAACAAUCGGUCAAGGAAGGAGUCACAGACCCAGUAGAACUCCGCGAACUUCACUCCGACAUCUGUGCACGAGUUCCUCGGUUCGUCAGAGAGUACGUCGACGAUCACCGCCCGAAACCAACCACUGAAUGUCACCCCCUCAGGAACUGGCAAGCCAGUCUGAACGAAUCCCUGAGGCGUACAGCCAACACCCGUGAAAUCAUCUUCGUCGUGGAUAAAACCGGGAAUCAAGGUAAGAGUUGGUUUGCCCGGUAUUAUUGUGAACUACACGAUAACGCGCAAAUCGUGGUACCUGGAAGGAAAGCCGACAUGGCGUACGUGAUCAACGAAGAAAGUAAAGUCUUCUUUUUCGAUUGUCCCCGAAGCAAGUAA